UUCUUUAACUCAUCAAUUCAGCAAUAUAUACUUUGUAUUUAUCUGUUUAAUAUUAUAUAUAUUGUUGGUUGAAAUUAAUUAUAAAAAAUAAAAAAAGAAAAGAUAAAUGGGUCUGAAAGGGAAGCUGGUUGCAGAAAAAGAGAUCAGAUGCCAUGGCGAUAUCUUCCAUGAACUGUUCAGAAACAAGCCACAUGAAAUUUCCGAUAUUGCCCCUGAUCACAUUCAUAGCUGCGAUGUACACGAGGGAGAAUUUGGGACCGUUGGAUCUGUUCUGUUCUGGGAGUACACUCACGAUGGGAAGAAAGAGAGCAUGAAAGUGGUGAUCCAAGAAAUCGACGAGGAGAAGAAGCUGGUGAAGUUCAAGGUAGACGAGGGAGACAUUCUGGGGAAGUACAAGGAGUUCACUUCCUGCAUUCAUGUCGACACCAACGGGGAUGAUCAUGUCGUCACUUGGACCGUACAGUACGAGAAGGUAAGUGAAGACGUUGCCGACCCCAUUUCCUAUUUGGAACUCGCAAUUAAUAUCACCAAUGACAUCGAAGCCCACCACACCACCUGAUAUGACGAUGUCAUGAUCGAUGGAUCGAAUUUGAAUUUAAAUUUGAAUUUGGAUUUGAAUUUGGAUGCGUGUAAGAAUAAGUCGUAAGUGAAACCUUCUAUUCUUAUAUAUCGAUCGCCCUUCUAAAUCAAACGGCGAGAUAUCGUGUGUAUGUAAGUGUGUCGGAUAAUAUAUAUAUAUAUAUAUAAAAUAUCCGUAUUGGUUCCAAGUUAUGUUGUGAGUUUGUGUAAUAAAAGUGUGAUUUUAGUUCAUAUGGCUG